AUGAGAUGCUCAAUCCUGCUAAGGCAUCUUGAGAACAAGGAGCAGCCGGCUGCCUCCAUCUUCGUUCUUUUACAUCAAACCGACGUUGUCUUUCAGGAUGCCAGUGGUGCGACUUGCCCACCAUUACGCAUUUUUAUGAAUCUUUUGCAGAAACUGAGCGAUGGGAUCGACAACCUUGCUAGUUACUAUUUCGCGCGCUGCUUUUCCGAUCUCAACGAAGCGCCGGUCACCGGUAUGGAGUGGAAGAAGUUUGAAACCUUUGGAGAAUGUCUGAGUCAAAAGUUGCAAACCGCGUCCUCUGUGGUCAAGUUUCGUCAAAAACUGCGCUCGCUGAAGGAAGCCAUGCUCAACGAUCUGCCGACUCUGGUUUCAGUCACGGCUGCUGACGGCGAAUGGGCGUGCGUUGACAAGGCUACGCAGAUGUAUAAUGCGCUGUCAAGGACAGUGCUCAAGGGUGACAUUGUGGGAAUCCGCGAAGUGGACGGUGGCCAGGUGCUGAUCAGCGUUCGCCCCGCAGGGCCCUCAACAAGCAUCUCCGGCACAGACAGUCUACACCGACCAGCUCGUCUGGUGGCCACCUUGAAACAGAGCAUUCGGGCAACCAACAGCUGCCGUGAGCAUUCAUCCUUCGGGCGACCCUGUCUG